AUGGGUAUCAGAUUUAUGUUAUGUUUUAACAAACAAGGUGUCGUGAGACUUGUACGUUGGUUUGCCACAAGUGAUAAUUCGACAGAUCCACAGGAAGAAAUAUCCCAAAUAUAUCGAUUGAUAUCGAGUAGAGACCACAAACAUCAAUGUAAUUUCUUUGAAUUCUCGGAUGAUACUAAAUUAGUGUAUAAAAGAUACGCAGGGUUAUAUUUCGUUAUUGGUAUAGAUAUAACGGACGAGGAACCUAUUUACCUGUCACAUAUUCAUCUCUUUGUUGAGGUACUAGAUGCUUUUUUUGGGAACGUCUGUGAAUUGGAUAUUGUAUUUAAUUUCUACAAAGUAUACAUGGUUAUGGAUGAGAUGUUUUUAGGUGGAGAAAUACAAGAAGUUUCAAAAGAUGUCUUGUUAGAGAGACUAAGUACUACUGAUAGAUUAGAAUAG